UCCGACGCCGGGCCCCAGACGGGCGUGUGGGCUCCAGGUGCAGGGCUCCCAAAGUCAAGGCUUUCAGGUCACACUGGCACAUCAUUUUGCAAGCAGAUGCCACGGGUCUCUUCCCAGACUGGGCAGCCCACAAGGUCAGCGUCAGCAGAUCUGACCCUAAAAAUAGGCUCUUGGAUGCCAGUGGAGGUGGCCGGGUGUGUGGCUGCCACACGCCCCACAGACCAGCACCUCCUGCCCCGGCCAGGCCCCAGCACACACAGAAAGGAAAGAAAACCCCUCGGCUCCAAAAUGACAUCCAGAGAACCGAAGACAAGCCUCCCAAAUGCCUACCCACCUGCCAAGAGGCUGUUGCCAAGGGGGGAGGAGGAGGUAGAAGCAGAUGACUACUGUACCCCCGGAGCCUUCGAGCUGGAGCGUCUCUUCUGGAAGGGCAGUCCUCAGUAUACCCACGUCAAUGAGGUGUGGCCCCAGCUCUACAUCGGUGAUGAGGCGACCGCACUGGACCGCUACGGGCUGCAGAAGGCGGGCUUCACGCACGUGCUCAACGCCGCCCACGGCCGCUGGAACGUGGACACUGGGCCCGACUACUACCGGGACAUGGCCAUCGAAUACCACGGCGUGGAGGCCGACGACGUGCCCACCUUCGACCUCAGCGUCUUCUUCUACCCGGCGGCCGCCUUCAUCGACGCCGCGCUCAGCCGCGACCACAGCUCAUCAGCGAUCCUCGAACAGCAGGACCGUCUGGAUGGCCUCAAAGCUGGGACUGCAGCCCAGACGCUAAUUGUGCCUGGGCCCAGACCUGACUAACCGCUAGGGGCUUCAGUGCCAGAAAACCUUCAGGGAGCUGACUUGACUGGGAAUCCAUGGAGAGACUUCGGAAUCUCCCGCCAGCCAACCGAGCCCGCGGCCUCCCCGAACCCUGCCUCUGCACCCACCCCUGCCCCCAGAUACACACAGUCUAGUGAGGCCUCCUAGAGAAAGCUGACAACCUAGCCUUCUGAACGGCGAACUGUAUUUGAGAAUCUGAGUUUUGCAUCUGUGAUGUCCAAAUUUCCCAAGGCUAAUUAUCCAUUUUUAAAGUCACAGGGCUAGUCCUUGCACUCAAAAUGCAGUGUUAGCUGGUCUAAUCUGGGUAAAGGCUACAAGGCUCUUUUGGAGAGAAGGGCAUGGCUUAGGUCUGCAUUGGCGUAAAACAGUGUGCAGUUAUUGCUGCAAGGGGGUGUUUCAGGGGCAUUUCAUAGAGGAAACUUCCAGAGGAACUUCAACUCCCUAAUCUGUGCUCUGACUUUAGGCCCAUGUGUCAUACCCCUUUCUGGGGUCAUUGCACAAUUCAGUGUGUCCAGUUACUGAAAGCCUUUCUUGCCACAAGAGGCUGGGAUUAGGAGGCUCAGUGAUUGGCUGACCCACCUGCCUCAGGAACUUGCGGGCUGUAGCUGGGCAUAAGUCGAGUCCCAGACCUUGAUGGCCAUCCCUCCAUGGCCUGAGUCCCUGAGCCAGCUGGCCCCACAGCUAGGCACCAACAAUUUGUCAUUAUUUUGGUUCAGAAAGCAAUGUCACAAUGAAAAGAAAAAAAAAAAAAAAACCUCACAGAACCAAAGUGCUUAUAUUAGGGGAUGCCUCAU